CGUGGUGACAAAACGCAGAUACUUAAUUGAUUCCUUCAAAAAACGAUUUGUUUUGAACUAAGAGUAGCUCGAAAUAAUGUCGAAAUCUGUUAGUGGCAAACGUAAAACUAAAGGAAAGAAAACUAUAGCAAAGGACCCUGUGAAUGAAGCAUUAGAAAAAACACAGAAAGACGUAAGAAAUUUGCGGGAAGAAGUAAGCGGAAAAAUACGUAUUGCAGAAAAUGCAGAAAAUCGUCGUUAUCAAGCAUGUAUUGAGAAAUUGGAGUCUGUAAGAAAUUAUGAUGAAUUGAAAAAGUCUACACAAAACCAUACUGCUUUCCUAAUCACAGAAAAUGAAAUCAAAGUAACCAAUCUUCGAGAUGAAAUAGAAAAACUAACCACAAAACUAGAUGAGGCUGAUAAAUUAAUUGAGAUAAGAAAUAAUGAACUGAAAAGUUUACGUCAAGAAUUCCUAAAUUGUAUAGCAGAAAAAGAUUCGAAAAUCAGCACAUUAGAACAAAAAUUAAAAGAACAGGCUGCAUUAUUUCGUGACGUUAUAUCACAAGCGUUCAAUCAACUAAUUGAACAACUAAGUAUCGACUAUGAAAAUGUUCAUAAUAACUACAAAAUAUUUUCUCAGCCUACAAAUGAUCUAAUAGAAUUGGAGUUUUUAAGUCCACCAUUUUUAGAUGAAGAAUCUGUUGAAUAUAUAUAAUUACCUAUCUAGAUGUAUACAGUGAUGUAGCAUUUUCUCAAAAUAUUCAUAAGAAUAAUUUAUGUAAAAAUAAUUCAAGUAUAAAAAAGAGGCUACAAUUCUGCUACGACAGUUAUUUCUUCUUUAAUAAGACCCGUGAAAAGGAGGAAAUAUAUGAAGCAUAACUGCAUUGUUUUGAUAGAUGUUAAACUAUUUCCAAUAGCAAAAUAUCUUUACUAAUUAAUUCUCGAAAAAACAACUAGUCUGUGAAGUUGUUAUUGGAAAAAAAUGCAACUCAUCCAGAAAUUAAUGACUUUUUAU